CAUCAAACAAACCACCACCAUACUAUUAGUAGCACCAUGUCUUCAGCUCUGACAGGUAAGCUCGAGGCCGAUGCAGAGAUCAACGCUUCUCCUGAUCAGUUUCACGAUAUGGUGGCCAACAGACCGCACCAUUUGCACCACGCUUCCUAUGACAAGGUUCAAGGAUGCGAUUUACACGAAGGGGAAUGGGGGAAAGUCGGUACCGUUGUCAUCUGGCGUUAUGUGCAUGAUGGAAAGGCUAAAGUAACAAAGGACGUUAUUGAAGCAAUAGACCAUGAUAAGAAGUUGGUUACUUUCAGAGCGCUCGAAGGAGAUAAAGUGAAAGAGUACAAGAGCCUUUUAGUCACAGUUCAAGCUUCGCCCAAGAUUGGCGGUGGUAGCGUCGUGCACUGGACUCUCGAAUACGAGAAGCUUCAUGACGCGGUUGCACCCGAGUCUUUUCUGCAAUUCUUGGUGGAUCUCUCUAAAGACAUGGACGCUCACCUCACCCAAUCAAACUAAAGCAUGCUAUUACUGCUACUUAGAAGAACUACUAAUAUAACUAAAGAAUAAAUCCUCAGUUCUCCUGCUUCUGUGUCAAGUAUGUGUAUGUUUGGAUCCCUUGGUUUGUGGGUUAGUACUUAUGUAUGAAGUUGAAUGUAUUUUGUGCU